CACGCACACGUCUGCACACGCUUCUUGUGCUGCGAUCUUGCCAUGAGCAUCCGCUGAGCAGAAAGCAAUGCACCCGGCGCCGCUAUAGCAACUGCUCCGUCUUCGUUUCCGCUACCGUCCUGGCCAACCACGCCGAACUACGACAUCAUGGAGCCGCCGUCGUCCGACACUACACGUUCGGCAUCCAACCCCGUCGCAGCUGCGACGACUUCAAGUCGCCUAGAUACACCGCGUUCGCUCUCGACUGCCACAUCCCAACGAUCUAUCAAAGACUUGGUCAAUCGCUUCAAUCAGCAAUCCUCCAAAGACAGCCAUCCGCCGAGAGUCGCUCCACGAUCUCGUCUCCAGCGUCCUCCACGCUCGCCCACCAGGAUCCGUACUUCCUCCUCACCUCACGCCCGCUCUACCACGCCCCAAGACACCAUCUCCCCGCUCAAAAGUCCUACACGCCGUAGCAAAAUCCGCGCACCAGCCUCGCUGUCCGCCGAUCCACUCCGUCCUCGAAACCAUGUGCCCCACGACCCAGCCCACGACAGCUUCUUCUCUUUGGCGCCUCGUCGAGGUUCCGACGGCAGCCUGAGCUCCUCUUCGGCACACUCUCCAAACCUCCACAAGCGAUCGCGCUCCAAUGCCGAAUAUGACUUGCCUAUGCCGCUCCAUUCGAAUCGCUCUCGUCCUAGCACAAGUCAUAGACGCGUGCGCAGUGACUUUGUCGGCCCCGAAGCCAAUGCUGCUCUGAGCAUCAAUCCCGUCUCUUACACCUCGCUCCCUCGUAAUUCCUCGGCAUCUUUGGUCAGCCCUUCGCGGAUUCCUGUCAGCAGUUCCAGACGUGCCGUCAGCGUCGAGCCACUCUCUCCAAAAACCUCGCGCCACAUCUCGCAGAUGGGCCAGUCGAUCAAUCACUUUCCCGCUCCUACAUCGCCCCGUUCUCGUCAAACUUCGUCUCAACGCGCCCCUUCUUUCGGCUCAAGUCCUCUGGGUCUACCCACUCUUGGCAACACACGGUACGAUUUCAUGUCACAUCAGCGACACGCCCCUCCAGGCCAUAGUCUGAAAGCCUUCAUUCAUGCACCCCCUCCCCUAAAGUCUCCCCCGCUAAGAAGUUCACGACCUAGGCCUCCUGUUUCUGCCGCCUCGACAGCCGCCACACGUGCUCGAUCUGGCCAGCGUUUCGAAUCUUCACUCGCUACGCAGAAGAACGACCCGAACAGAUUCCGCAAGAAGAAGAUCCCCGAGCUGGACAACAUCAACCUUGCCGCGCGAAAGGAGAAGAUCCAGCGUGCCUUUAGCGACAACUCUGUAGACGCAGUGGGUCGAAACAGUUUGAGUGGAAGCGACUCCAGACGAGGCAGCAAUGUCAACGACACAGCGAGCGACGACCGAGGAGACCAGAAUGGCGAAGAGCACGACAUGGACUCGUCGUUUGAGCACACAGAUGCCGAAUAUACCGAUACCGAACAGACGGACGCCGACCACACCAACACCGACUUCCUGGAGGCUUCAGGCCCGCUUUCUCCCAUUACUCCGCGAAACAUCCCUGGCGCUUUCAUCGACUACGAUGAUUCACCGGUUCGAGGUAAACAAAUCAGCACCCCUGAACGUUCAGCAUAUCCUGGAUUGGACUCAAGCCCGCCAAACGAAGGCGCCCAGGAGGCCAUCUACGAGGAUGAGGAAGAGGUCGCGGUGAACAGCUGUGAUGAAUUGUCGGCUGGCGAAGAGGCAGCAGAAGAGAUGGCACCUGGGACACUUCUCAGUCAGGUCAUGAAGAUGCGUGAAAGAAGUGUGUCAAGCGCUUCACAUACGGACUUUGAAGAAGGCUCUUCAUUCGCUCCCUCGGAAAACGGGGACCGCCAAUCGAUCCAUAUCAUGCUCCAGGACGAAGCUGAGCCCGACCAGAAACAGGAGGACUGGUCUUCAGAUUUACCUUCUUCUCCGGCACCUUACCAUGCCUCUGGACAGCCAGAAGCUUCCUCGUCGCCACCCAGCCAGCAUGAGACGGCGCCUUACCGCAUUCCUGACUCGGACGAAGACAGCUUUGCCAGCGAUGCUGCCCAAGUUGGCCUCUCCUCUCCCUGGAUUGGUCAACUCCCUCAUGUGCCACACCUAGAAGAAAUGGAUCCCGAAACACCGAAAAAGUCGGACUUUGUCAGGUCCGUGGCAACAAGCAACCAUGUUCCGGACGAAGACAAAACUCCUCGCCAGUCGAAGCGUGCAGGUCGAGCUUCAGCAUUGGCCAUCAUGCCUGACUGGAACGAGGAUGGCCAGGCUCGCGAGGCUGUGAAUCGCAUCACCAACCAGUAUCAAGAGGUCGGCUCAGUCUCGCCCCAGAUGCUUCACGACUUCCAGCAGCAUGUCGUGCCAUUGUCUCCCAGUCUUUCCAGAGCCGAAGCCAACGAUGCAGACUCGGUCGCAUUUCUCCUUGACAGCAUAUUGCGCGAACAGGCCGGCUCACCUCAGCCAAGAAAAUCAACGACUGAUUAUCUGUCCCCCACUUCGUACAACCCAUCUGAUCGCAUGAACAUGGAAACGCCAGAGGAAGAAAUCAGAGGCACCGCGAUUGUAUACAGCACCACGUACAGACGCUCUGCCGCAAGCUUGCCCAGAGCUUCUCAGGACGCUCUCAACGACGAUUCCUACCUGCAAGCUUUCUCCCCUUCCAGCAUCAUGGUCAAUACACCUGCGUCUCAGUAUGAUCUUGGCACACCUGCUUCAGAAUAUUCCGGCAUCACUACACCAGCUCUACCGGAUACUACAUCUGGAGCAGUCGAUGAGGAUGACGACUACCGACCUCCGCCUCCCCCGAAAGACUUUGGUUACUCGCCUCGGUCAAGCACGGGUCAGCUAUCAGUACGAUCGUUUAGCCAGGCUUUGCCCUCAUCUCGCAACAGCAGAUCUUCAGACAGACUUAGACUACCAGAGAUUCCUAUGGGAACCGGGCUAGGGCUCACCAUGUCCAACUCUUCUGAUGACACUGCAAAGCUUCACCCACAGCCACCAUUUCCACAGCAUGCGCCUCCCCCUCCGCCGCCUGCAACCAGAUCAGAGUUACCCUUCGAGGUUGUUCUCACGGACGCUUCUCCCGGUCCCACCUUUGCCAGUCAUCCAGCUAGUCCAGUGUCAACUCGCUCGAGCACAUUAGUCGAACGCCACAGGAACUUUUCGACGCCCGCACGCCCUUCAAUGGAGUCGAUGAAGCCUGAGAUGGUGCCUCUGCCUCCUUCGCAAUCAAUGUCUUCAUUCCAAUCAUCUUCUGUCAGACCAUCUGUCGAUUUUGGACCUCCACCUUCAACCAUGCCUCCUACUCCAAACCCCGAGACAGAACGUCUUACCAAGCGUAGACAUAUCGUUCAAGAAGUCAUAGAUACCGAGUACUCUCAUCAUCAAGACAUGAAGAUCAUUGAAGAUAUCUAUAAGGCGACUGUUGGCGACAUCAUCUCUGUGGAGGAUAGAAAGACGCUGUUUGGCAAUGUCGAUCAAGUUGAGAAAUUCUCGCUUGAGUUUUACGAUGCGUUGCGCAAGGCUGCUGCACCCAUCUAUGUUCCACCCAAGUCUUCGCGCUGGCAACCUAAGAGGGGCAGCUUCUCGACUUCGAACAGUGAUGGCGCUUCGUCGGGCUUGAUCAUCGAUGAUGAGAAGGAUCGAUUGACGACAAUAGGUGCAGUCUUCGCCAAGCACAUGGGUCGCAUGGAGCACGUCUACGAGGUCUAUCUGAAGAACCAUGAAAACGCCAACAACUGUCUCAAGAGAAUUCAGACAGACUCUACGGUACAAUGCUGGCUUACCGAGUGUCAAAGUAUGGCCAGCGACAUCACUGGUGCCUGGAACCUGGAUUCAUUGUUGGUGAAGCCUACGCAGCGUAUUCUUAAAUACGGUCUCUUGCUCGGAGAUUUGGUCGGCCGCACACCUGAAAGUCACCCUGAUCGUAAGGCGUUGAAUCACUCUCUUGAGGGCAUUCUCGCUGUCUGCAAGAGAAUCAACGACUCCAAGAAGCGUUCAGAGUACGUGCAAGAAGUGCACCGAAAGCGUGCCAAGUCCAACGCUCGCAGUGCUCUCGCAGUUUUCCUCGCAAAGAAGGACACUGUCAAGGAUCGUGUGGGUGCAGAAGAGGCCCACAAGGAUCCCGAGUUUGAUCAAGCAGUCCAAGCGCUUAACGGGCACUACCUCAAGCUGCAGAUCUGUAUGAGAGAUAUUCAGCAUACAUUGGAAGAGCUCGAAAAGCCCAUUGCUCACUUUAUGAGAUUUGCAGACGCUUUGCAAAAGUACAUUGAGUGUGAGCCAAACAACUGCCCCGAGAUAGAGAGCAAAUUUCGCAAGUUCAUUCUUGCUAUCAGCGAGCUUUGUACAGUCGCUUUACCAGACCACAGGAAUCGUAUUCAAACACACGUCAUCAACCCCAUGCUUGAAUGCCUCAAGCUCUACGCCGGCCCUCAACACUUGAUCGCUAAGCGCAAGAAGCGUGUCGCAGAUUAUGCCAGACUUCAGGCGAUGCAGCAAAAAGGUCAGAAACCUGAUGCCAAAACCGUCGAUGCCGCAGAAAUCUACGAAGCGCUCAACGAACAACUCAAACUUGAUCUACCUCGACUCUACGCUUUGCAGUCGGAGUUGGUUAGAAGUUGCUUGCAUACGCACGUCUACCUUCAAUCUCAAUGGUGGUGGUUGUGGAAGGAGAAGCUUGCACCAGUUGUCGACUUCGCGUACGCACAGUAUGCUGAGAUUGAGCCUGCGUUCGCUGAUGAGUACGAGUUCGUACAUUCGCAGGCACUGUCGCUUGGCAUCUGUAACGGAUCAAUACUGGCUGAUGCUGCCAACUUCCUCUCACCUCAGACUACUUUGGUUGGUGAUGAGACCAUCUCCUCCCAAGCUUCCACAAGACGUCCCUCAAUUCUGCCCAACGGUCACAGAACCAUGUCUAUCGGCAGUGAAAACCAACCGCUGUUUACUCCUAGCGAUUUCAACAAGUCCUUCAAUUCAGCUAUGGCUUCUCCAGCAUUGCCUGACUCUGGUCAACCUGGCUAUUAUGGCCGAAUGCGGUCAAGCUCAUCAUUGUCUGCUCGUGGCCGUGCUCCUAGUGUGGGCGCGAACCAGAAUAGCAGUCUUCCACCAUCUCGCAUGCCCAGCGUUGUACCCAAAGCUUCGUUCUCAGCCAACAGACCUUCUACCGCUCAGCGUCCCGCGGAUCUCAAGAGCAUGUCUUCGCGUAUCAGCUUGGAUACAGCAAAGCGCAGUCCCAGUGUGCGUCCCGGCUCUGCCGUGAGUUCGCAGAAUACAGCACAAGAACCGCGCUUCUCUGGCAUGUUCAACUCGGCCAUGCCCAUGUCUGAUGUUCCCGUCAGCCCUGGUCCAAUGUCACCGCAGUAUGCGCCAAUCGACACACCUGUUAUGUUCGUGGCCGCCAGUCUGUUUGAAUUCAAUAUCGACCGAGCCAGACGUGAAGCUGGUUAUCCAUACUUGACCUAUGUUGAGGGUGAGGUAUUCGAUGUUGUCGCACAGAAGGGUGAACUUUGGCUUGCAAAGAACCAAGAUGACCCGACCAACUCGCUUGGAUGGAUUUGGGAACAGCACUUUGUCAUCCUCUCCCAGGAAUCUUAGGUAGAUUCUUGUGGAUCG